AUGCCUCGCAUUUAUACGAGCGACAAGAUCAAUUGCAGUGAUAGAUAUGUGUACGAGCCAUUGAAGGCGCCCGCAUCAGAGAUUCGAUUUCUCCAGCUGCAUCUUCAACGCACGCCAAUAAACUGGCAUGAUGAUUUGACCACCCGUAGCGAAUCGACCUUCAACGUUUCCCUCACAACGACUGGUUGCGACAGUGACGCUGGUAUAGAUCUACCUGUCUACCACGCACUUUCGUAUACCUGGGGUGAUGCCAAUGAUGUAUUGCCGUUGGUCUGCGAUGGCAAGAUCAAAGAGGUCACCCGAAAUCUGUGGGAAUUCCUACUACAAAUCUGGGAGCGUGUACACGGUCGUCUGAGAGAAGACACUUUCUGCAGCAUCAUUCCAUUCGAUAACCUAUUAUGGAUUGAUGCUAUCUGUAUCAACCAGGAGGACCUCGUUGAGAAGAGUCAGCAAGUUCAGCAAAUGGCUCAAAUCUACAGUAGCGCUGCAAGAGUCAUUGUAUGGCUUGGAUCUCAUGACGGUUUUGCUGAGGAUGCUCAAGAAGUCAUAGUGCCGCUUGAUACUCGAGGCACUUUCGAUUACGAUCCGUGUCCGCCACGACCUGAUUCACGCAUGACUAUGCUCGUUGAUCUUGACGCAAAGUGGGAGUCAAAAGUGGAUCGGGAAGAGACGCUCGAGAUCUUGGAUACCAUCAUGGAGGCAUUUUCUCAAAGUGAUUGGAAGUCUUUCGACGCGUUUGUUGCUCUCAUGAAUUUGCCUUAUUGGGAACGAGCAUGGGUAGUGCAGGAGGUCGCUUUGGCUAAUCACAAUGAAGCCUUAGUCUUGAUCGGCAGCCAAGUGUGGGCGUGGGCAACACUUGUCAAUGCCGCUCAUACGCUGAUGGUCAUCAUGUACCUAAUCAAUCAUGAGAAAGAUUGGGAGACAGCCUCGAAAUGGCCGAAAGACAGGAUAGCGACGUUACGCAGUCAGUCUGUUAGACUUGAUCGAUUUACGGCGGACGCGAUGUCAGAAGAUCGGCCGUUAUCAGAAUACAUCCCUAGCGCUAUCUUCCGAGAGAUGAAAGCGAGUCUGCUGGUUGAUCAUAUCUAUUCACUUCUCUCCCUAGCGAGUGAUCGGCAAACUUGUGGUAUCAUUCCAGAUUACAACAAAGCAGUCGCAGAGGUAUAUCAAGACGUCACAUACUACCUCUUACGAACGACCGGAGCUAAAGCGCUCGCAUCAUGCGAAAUCUGUCGUGCAGAAAAGCUCAACUUGCCAUCCUGGGUGACAAACUUUGCGGAACAUGGUGUCUGGACUCUGAACAUCCCACGAGUCGACAUCAACAAAAUGCGUAUCUAUGCUGCUGGUGGUCCCCGCAAAGAUUUCACAUAUCGCAUUGAUGGACAGUCUCUAGCUUUACGCGGCCGCAGAGUCGACACGAUCUGUCAUUUUGCUGACAUACUCCCCAGCGAGAAAUUUCACGCCACUCAGUGGCUUCGCAAUUUCCAGGCUUUCGUAGAGGAAGCGGUGCAGAGUCAUGGGACGACGAUAGAGAAUGCAUGGCGAGUUCCCAUCGCUGACCAAAUAGACACCGAGCAGAUUCGUGCUACCAAGGACGUUUCAGAAGCUUACAAUGAGCUUGUCGAGCAUGACGGCAUAGUGAUAUUGUCUCAUUCUGCGGUCGCAUAUGCUUGGGCCGUACAACUUUGGGGUCGAUGCCAUUCACCUUUCGUUACUCAAAAAGGUUAUUUGGGACUCGGACGUCCAUGUGCGCGUAAGGGUGAUGUCUUGUGGGUCUCCAGUGGUGCUGAUACACCCCUGAUCUUGCGCGAGAACGAAGAAGGCAAUUUUCAAAUCGUGGCCGAGGCAUACCUGCAAGAUUUCAUGGACGGAGAGGUUCUUAUCAGUGAUGGCAUAGAAGAGGAGAUUGUCGUGGUAUGA